UUGACAGGUGGUGGAAGACAGACAACUGUUGCCAGUUUCAUGAGGAAUUUUUAACAUGAAUGCGGCAUGGUUGGUUUUUGUAAUACAGGUUUUGGCCUCGAUCUCUGAAACUUUGUGCUGGUGGUGGACAAGAGAGUCUCCAGUGAUACAGCACUCCAAAAUCAAUGGAGAAAAGUUAUUACAAAUAGCACAAGAAGAUUGGAACACCAAGAUCACUUGGGUCAAUGAUUCGAAAAGUGGAAAAGGCCGUGUUUUCAUGAGAUGUUUUGAAAAAAAUAAAAAAAACCAAGAUAAAGUUAAUAGUGGUUCAUUUAUUUUGUUAUUGUUUGUUAAACACGGACUUCAAUGGAAACCUUUGUCUGUGUUUGAUGUGGAUUCAUGCAAGGGGCACAUAACAAGAUAUGUUACAUGUAUCUCUUUAGAGGAAGAAUCAACAAGACUCAUUCAAGUAGAAUAUAAAGAAGAGGAGAAAAAAGAAUGUUUACUGUUCGAAUUACCGGAAAAUGGCUUCCAAAACAUUAAAGUAACCGUAGAAGACACUGAUGAGAAGUGUUUAGCUCAGAAAUUUAAGUGGUUUUCUGUUAAGGAAAAAUUUGUCAAUCAUCUAAUGUACCACCGUGAAUGCGAGGGAGUCUGUCUUGAUUGCCCCAAAAGUGCCUUGACAAAAUUUGAGGAAAAUCAUCCUACACUUAAUUUGUGUAUAUUGGGUCCGCUUACUUGUUGCUAUUGCUGCGCUCCGUGUCGGCAAACUGUGAAUGAUUGCUGCGGCUGCUGAUGCAUACCAAAAUGAGAAACUCGUUGGAAGUCAAAGUAGGAAUGUCCAUGAACGUAAAAUUUAGUUAAUUAUUUUAGCUGCUGGGUGUAAAUAUUAAAAUUAAUAAAACUAAAAGUAUCAGAAAUGUUAACCUAUUAUUUUGACAUUCAUUUAGGAAGAAUACAUUUGUCAUCAUGAUUGAUUUGUAGCAAACGGAUUGAUGUUUGAAUUAACAAUUGUAACUUACGUCAAUCAAUCCAGUUGUGUAUUGGAGGGACGUACGUUUCGACCUUUAGGCCAUCUUCAGCCCCGCUGUU